AUGUCUCAGACUAAUGUUUUGACAUUUUACUACACAGAGUGCACCAUGUACCGUGACUCUGGUUAUUUCUGCCCCUAUGGUUAUCCCCGCCCGGGUACAAGGUACUUCUUUAAUGUCUUCAGCAGACGGUGUGAAAGCUUCUUCUACCUUGGCUGCGGAGGCAAUCUAAACAGUUACUCCUCUCGCGAAGACUGUAUCAGAUCCUGUGCAUGCUUCACUAACCCUGAUCGCGGAGUCUAUCCUUGUUCUUAUCCAAGCACCCGUCGAUGGUAUUUCAACAGAUACUCGGGCACCUGCCGACCUUUUUAUUUUAGCGGAUGCAAUGGCGGAAAUGACAAUAAUUUCCAGAGCCAACUAGAAUGUCAAUCUUCAUGUGGCCCAGAACCUUGCAGUGGACCAUGGUGCGAUGAACCUUUGAUGCCGAUACCAAGAGGACAGCCUACUCAACCAGCUCUAAUCGCUAAUACUGGAGCAGGCGCACUAACCAACCCGACAGCGUCAGCCAAAACUAACGCACAUCAGCAGCUAGGUUUAAGUAGUUUUCAAGCCAUAGGUCCAAAUAAUUUUGGGUUUUCUCUGAAUAGAAGAAACAGGCAUGGUUCGGUCAACACAAACACCAUGACAAAUGAUUUAAUAAGUGAACUGUCCAACGGAAACAAAGGCAUUGACAUGUCCUCUGUUGCUAAUAUCUGGAAUAUGGCAUCUAAAUCAAUGAAUCAAGAUUCACCUCCAAAUGAAAGGAGUUUUGUAUUUCCUACUCCAAACCAAGCAAAUUCUGGAAAAAGAAUGUAUAUUUGAAACUAUUAAAUUUUCAGUCUACUUAA